GUUUUUUUCAGAAAAAAGAAAAAUGUACCUUAACAAUUCACACACAGUUUUGAAAAAAAAAUCCCAUAUAAUCAAUGCCAAGAGAAGAAAAAGUUGUUAGUAUUUGUUCAAGAAACAGAUUCACAACAAAAACAGAGGAAAAAUGAAAGGAGGAAGAGAAAAAAUGCAUAGAAAAACAGAUUCACAAGAAACAACAAACAGCAUGGAACAAUCUUCUUCAACACCAAACCGUUCACCUUCUCGUAGACCAUUAUACUAUGUUCAAAGUCCUUCAAACCAUGAUGUUGAAAAAAUGUCUUAUGGUUCUAGUCCUAUUGGUUCACCACCUCAUCAAAAUUUUCAUUACUAUCUUUCUUCUCCUAUUCAUCAUUCUCGUGAAUCUUCUACUUCUCGUACUUAUUCUGCUUCUUUGAAAAAUCCGAGGAAUAUUUCUUCUACUUCUUGGAAGAAACUGAAUCAGAUGAAUAUUCAUGGUGAUCUUGAUGAAGAGGAUGAAGAUGAUGUUGGUGUUCAUGAUUCUGGUCGUGUAAGGAUGUACUUUUGUUUCUUCUUGCUUUUCGUGUUGCUUUUUACUUUGUUUUCGUUGAUUCUUUGGGGUGCUAGUAAAAGCUACAAGCCUCGUGUUAUUCUUAAGAGUAUAAUGUUCGAGACUUUGAAUGUACAAUCUGGUAACGAUGCAUCGGGGGUACCAACAGAUAUGUUGUCAUUGAAUUCAACGGUUAGGAUCUUAUACAGAAAUCCUGCAACUUUCUUUGGUGUUCAUGUCACGUCUACACCUCUGAAGCUUAGCUAUUACCAGCUCACACUUGCUUCUGGUCAGAUACAUGAGUUCUAUCAAUCAAGGAAGAGUCAGAGGAAUCUAGCAGUAACGGUGCUUGGACACCAAGUUCCUCUCUACGGCGGUGUAUCAGUUCUUGGAAACACUAACGCAGAACACAUGAAAACUGUUGCAUUGCCAAUGAACCUAACAUUUGUUGUGAGAUCAAGGGCUUACAUUUUGGGAAGAUUGGUUAAGUCUACAUUCUAUCGGAGAAUCAGAUGUUCAAUCACUUUUCAUGGCAACAAACUUGGAAAACAUCUUAAUUUCACAAACUCAUGUGUCUACAACUGAUAUUUUAUUCAUGUUCAUUGAUUCUAUGUCUCAAACUUGUAAAAAUAGCACGUAUCUCUUCGAGCUAGUACGUUCCAUUUUAGUUUUUGCUUA